AAUUCCCCUCAGUUGUUAUAAAGAGGACCAGAGGCUGGAGAGUAAAAAGAACUGGAGGUAAGAGCCCCUCUGCCUAGCACUGCUCCCCCAGGCUCCCAGAAAUCUCAGGUCAAAGUGCACGGACAGCCGCUGGAGCUCUUAUCUGGUGGGACCAUGAAGUGGCAGCAGCUGUGGCUGAGCUUCCUACUUCCCAUGACAGUCUCAGGCCGGGUCCCGGGGCUUGUGGAGAAGGAGAUGGCCAUGGAGUACCUGUUGCAAUAUGGGUACCUACAGAAGCCUCUAGAAGGACCUAAUAACUUCAAGCCAGAAGAUAUCACCGAGGCUCUGAGAGCUUUUCAGGAAGCAUCUGAACUUCCAGUCUCAGGUCAGCUGGAUGACGCCACAAGGGCCCGCAUGAGGCAGCCUCGUUGUGGCCUAGAGGAUCCCUUCAACCAGAAGACUCUUAAAUACCUGCUGCUGGGCCGCUGGAGAAAGAAGCACCUGACUUUCCGCAUCAUGAACCUGCCCUCCACCCUUCCACCCCACACAGCCCAAGCGGCCCUGCAUCAAGCCUUCCAGUACUGGAGCAAUGUGGCUCCUUUGACCUUCCAAGAGGUGAAGGCUGGCAGGGCUGACAUCCGCCUCUCCUUCCAUGGCCGCCAAAGCCUGUACUGUUCCAAUGCUUUUGAUGGGCCUGGGAGAGUCCUGGCCCAUGCUGACAUCCCAGAACUGGGCAGUGUGCACUUUGAUGAAGAUGAGUUCUGGACUGAGGGGACCUAUCGCGGGGUGAACCUGCGCAUCAUUGCAGCCCAUGAAGUGGGCCAUGCCCUGGGGCUUGGGCACUCCCGAUAUACCCAGGCCCUCAUGGCCCCAGUCUACCAUGGCUACCAGCCUCACUUCAAGCUGCACCCAGAUGAUGUGGCAGGGAUCCAGGCUCUCUAUGGCAAGAAGAUUCCAGUGAUAAGGGACGAGGAAGAAGAGACAGAGCAGCCCACUGUGCCCCCAGUGCCCACAGAACCCAGUCCCAUGCCAGACCCCUGCAGUAGUGAACUGGAUGCCAUGAUGCUGGGGCCCAGUGGGAAGACCUAUGCUUUCAAGGGGGACUACGUGUGGACUGUAUCAGAUUCAGGACGGGGCCCCUUGUUCCGAGUGUCUGCCCUUUGGAAGGGGCUCCCCGGAAACCUGGAUGCUGCUGUCUACUCUCCUCGAACACAAUGGAUUUACUUCUUUAAGGGAGACAGGGUGUGGCGCUACGUUAAUUUCAGGAUGUCUCCUGGCUUCCCCAAGAAGCUGAACAAAGUAGAACCUAACCUGGAUGCAGCUCUCUAUUGGCCUUUCAACAAAAAGGUGUUCCUCUUUAAGGGCUCCGGGUACUGGCAGUGGGAUGAGCUAGCCCACACUGACUUCAGCAGCUACCCCAAACCAAUCAAGGGUUUGUUUACGGGAGUGCCAAACCAGCCCUCGGCUGCUACGAGUUGGCAGGACGGCCGACUCUACUUCUUCAAGGGCAAAGUGUACUGGCGCCUCAACCAACAGCUUCGAGUAGAGAAAGGCUAUCCCAGAAAUAUUGCCGACCACUGGAUGCACUGUCAUCCCCAGACUGUAGACACUACCCCAUCAGGUGGGGACACCACUCCUUCAGGUACGGGCACAAUCUUGGAUACCACUCAUUCAGCCAUAGAUACCACGUUGAAUGAACACUGACAGCUCACCCACAGACACAAUAUUGGACAUUACUCCCUGAGCCACAGGCUCCACCACCCUUUCAUUCCCUGCUAAUGUCACCCUCCCAGAGGCCUAAUACCUGAAGCAAAUACCUGUCUGCUCAGUAGAACCUUGCAGGUGCUGCAGCAGGGGCAUGACUGUGGACCUCAGGCCUCUAACAGUUCCACUGUCCUGUGCUCUUUCACUCCUGAGAAGUGAUCCCCUAACUCAGAUUCAGCCCCCAACUCCAUUUCCUCCCUGUCCUAGACAGCCCUUCCAAAUGUGUCAUUUCUUCUCUGGAGGUCAAUGGUGGAGGGAGAUGCCUGGAUCCUGUUCUUCCUAUAUAAAAUGUAAGAAAACAGCAUGGCCAGUAAACUGAGCAAGGGCCUUGGAAUCCUUGAGAAUCACAUUUACUUGCUUAUGAUUAUGGGCAAGCUAAUUAGCCCUAUGGAACCUCAGAUUCCCCUUUUGGAACAUUAGGUAAAUACCAGUCCUGCAGGGUUGUUGCACUAAAUGAAAUACUGUAUGGAAGUGCCUGGCACAGUGUCAGGUACAUUUGUGUUUAAUAAAGGCUAACUCCAUGUUCAUAAGAGA